GAUGAUGGUGAACCAAUCAGAAGUAAGGGAGAUCAUUCUAAUAGGAUUUCCUGGACUUAAAGCAGAAUUUUACGUUCCAGUCUCCCUUGUAAUGCUUCUUAUCUACAUUGCGUCUUUGUCUGCCAAUGGUACUGUUAUUAGUCUGGUCAUCAUGAAGAAACGUUUACAUAAACCGAUGUACAUCAUCAUAGCUAACCUUUCAUGUUCUCACCUCCUUUAUGACACCGUAACACUACCAAAAAUCAUAGCCAAGUAUUGGUUUGGAACGACCACGACUUUUCCAGAAUGCCUUCUUCAAAUGUUCCUUAUCCACACCCUGGGCCCCACUGACUCCUACACCUUCAUGCUCAUGGCUAUCGAUCGCUUCUUUGCCAUCUGCAAGCCACUGCGGUACUCCUCGAUCUUCACCAGCAGAGUGGUCGCCAUGUCUUGUUGCACCUGCUGGGUCGCGGCAAUCAGUACUGCUUUAACAGCCCUGGUGAUGAACUCGCAGGCACCCCCUUGUGGUUAUAACAAAAUCAACACUAUAAUGUGCACCAACAUUGCAGUCACUGCACUGGCUUGCCAAGAUGUCUCCGUCAUCAAGAAGACAACUUUUGUCUUUUCCAUGUUUAUACAAUUUGUACCGUUAAGUUUCAUCCUGUUGUCGUAUAUCACCAUCAUUAAUAUUAUCCGUUUGUCGGCCAGCAAUGGGACCUGGCGGAAGGCUUUUUACACCUGUGCUACGCAUCUCUUUGCAAUGACUGCGCAUUACGCCCCACGACUGUUCGUGUUCUUGGCCAAUGAAUUCAGCCUGGUUUUUAAUGCAGACUUAAGCGUGUUUGUCCUUUGUGUAUACUCCUAUGUACCACAUAUAUGCAAUCCUAUUAUAUACUUUUUCAGAAACAAGGACAUCAAACAGACAUUUAUGAGUUCUGUAAUAAGAUUUAUGAGUUUUAAAGUGAAGAAAGAUGUCAUGAUUAACACAAUUGCUAAAUAA